AUGGACGCCCCCACUCUGGUCGUCGUCCCGCCUUCUCCCGGGAGCCAGCUGAGCACUCGCUCAAAGGGCCAGCACGCGUAUCCUCAAAUAGACAAUUCUACAACAGCGGCACCAAAUUCGAAUUCGAUUGACACGCUUGGCUCCAAUUCCUACCAGCCCUCUGAGAGCAGGAGCUCGAGUGAAAACACGGCUGUCAACAUCUACAGUAUGUACAGUGAUGGAGGACCAGACGCCGACCCGAGAUUAUCCUACACCGCUGAUACAAGCGCCAAGAGACUAGUAGGACGUGGGACGUCUAGCCGUACAAACUCUCCGCCAACAAACAUGGGCAGCCCAGAGUUUCGAUAUUCAACCACGAGCUCGAGACAAAACUCUGUGCACGAAGGCGUCUACGAGACCCAGUCUCCAAUGAUCUCUGCGACGACGAGCGCUCCCAAGACAUCGUCGACAACACGGAGUGCAGCUUCACCUAUCACACCAGGAGAGAGUCCAACCGGCCAGGUGAUUGAGCGCACGGGCUUUGGUCAGCCGGCCAUCUUGAUCAACCCUCCCCCGCGCCGGAGUUCGCGUCAGUCAUUGCACUCGAAUAGACUGUCGAAUGAUCGUGAUGUAGAUGGACUGUCGACGAAUUCGUCUCAUCAUGGCUCCUCGUCGAUGCCCCGUGCGAGUUUGUCGCCUACUAGGGUAUCGUCGGACCCUGCGACGUCUGCCACCUCGUCGUCGGCACAGAGUCUCCCAAAAGCUAUUAUACCAUCCCCUAUUCGACCUAUGGCACCGUCUCCUGGCGCGAAUGAGGACCCUGACAGCUACUUUGUCCGAGCGACGUAUGCAGCCUUUGAUGUCUCUGGUGUGCGAGGAGAUGGUUAUGAGGAAGGGGAAGAAUUGACGAGAGCGAGGAUGGGUACCGGACGUAACAAUCUCCCAUCGCCGUUGCCAGACACUGCCAAGCGAUUGACCAUGGGACCAAAAGAGCUCAAUGAGAAGGAGGUGCAAAUAUUGGGUCAAUUAGAUCGAUAUGGCUUCUAUGCACCACCUUCCGACAAUCGCCUCGUCUUGCUUGCGACGCAACCUCUUCGGACGGCAUUGUCGUCGUACAAGACUGCGUCGACAUCUGCAACGCCUACACCCCCUGUACUACCCGCUCAACCACCUCUCCACGAGACACGAGAGGGACGAAAGACGGAAGACCGCCGAAUCGCCAAGUGGGGUCGAAUGCUAGUUCCCGCUUCGCGUGAUUCGGGUACCAAUAUUGCAAGGUGGAAGAUUGAGGAGAGGAAAGAGAGAAAGCUCGAGGAAAGAGUGUUCAAGGGUAUCCCUGAUCGAUGGAGAUCUGCGGCUUGGUAUACUCUGAUAGAACGAGGGCCGGUUGGGGCUGGAAAAUCACGAGGGGACUCCUCCUUAAGAGCGGAAAAGCUCGCUGAAGAGUAUCGAGAUGCGAUAGAUCUACCUUCUUCCUUUGAUAUACAAAUUGAUCUAGACGUUCCGCGGACGAUUAGUGGCCAUGUCAUGUUCAAGACACGAUAUGGAAUGGGCCAACGGUCCAUGUUUCACGUACUACACUCUUUCUCGUUACAUUGCGACUCGUGCGGUUAUUGCCAGGGCAUGGGCCCUGUCGCAGCGACUCUUUUAUGCUAUUUAGAACCAGAGAAAGUAUACACCUGCCUCGUCCGAUUACACGACGAUUACGAUAUGCACGACAUUUUCCUCCCGGGAUUCAAGGGGCUUCUGGAAGCCUUUUAUGUUCAAGAAAAGAUUAUGCAAAAGAUGCUACCUGGCCUUUAUUCCACCUUUAAGCAAAACUCGAUAUGCACAACGGCCUAUGCCGUCAAAUGGUAUAUCACCUUGUUCGCCAAUACGGUCCCUUUCCAGACGCAGUUGCGACUAUGGGACAUUUAUUUUCUCGAAGGCAAGGACAUUCUCGUCCUUAUGGCCGUCGCGAUCCUCUGGGUCUUCAAAGAUAAUCUUCUCUCAUCGUCGGCGUCGUUUGAGUCAAUGCUCAACCUGCUCUCGUCGUUUUAUGUUGUCGAAGAUGAAGACGUGUUAAUGGCUUGGUUGCGCAAGGCCAUGUCGGAUCGGAGACUCCGUCGGGAGAUGGCUGGAUGGCGUGAAGAGUGGAAAGAGCUCGUCCAUGCGGGAAAGGAAAUGGAGGCGCUCAUCUAA